CAUUAUUAAGUCCACAACCUCUCUUAUUGCCUUGCGUUAUAUCAAAGACGCCCCUACGGGGUCCGAAGUGGGCGAACUCAACGAAAACCAAUGAAUGGUUCCGUUCCCGAGCCCAACCCCCACCCCCUCCUUCCCGCCAAAGAUCCUCAACUGUAGCUCAAACAUCUUCGUCUCCACCAAGCACAAGCUCCUCACCCUCCUCAACCUCUGCUCUUCCCUCGCCCACCUCACCCAGAUCCACGCCCAGUCCCUCCUCUGCGGCCUAUCCUCCGACCCCUUCCUCGCAGCCCAGCUCGCACGGUCCUCAGCCGCGGAGCACCCGAGCUACGCCCGUUCCAUCCUCGAUUGCUCGGAGAUCCUGAUCCCGUCGCCGUGGAAUGCGCUCAUCCGGGCUUAUGCCUCAGGGGAUUCCCCGGCUGAGGCCUUUCCGGUCUAUCUCGGGAUGCGGGGUAAGGGAAUCAGGCCCAACGAGCACACUGUCCCGUUUGUGCUGAAAUCGUGCGCUCGGGUCUCGGCUCUCAAGCUCGGCCGCGGGGUCCAUGCGGAGGUUUAUAAGUUGGGUUUGGAUUGGAAUGUGUACGUUGGGAACGCCCUGACUAGCCUCUACGGGUCGUGCAAGAAAAUCCGGGAUUCCUGCAGGAUGUUCGAUGAAAUGCCCGUUAGAACUAUUGUUUCUUGGAAUGCGAUUGUGACUGCCUGCAUUGAGAACUCGUGGGUGGACGAUGGGAUCGGUUACUUCUGGAAGAUGAGGGAUUGCGGGUUCGAGCCGGAUGAGACGACAAUGGUGGUGUUGCUCUCUGCUUGCGUCAAGAUGGGGAGCUUGGGCCUGGGGAGAUGGGUCCACUCCCAAGUGAUCGGAAAAGGGAUGGUCCUUAACUGCCAAUUAGGGACUGCUCUAGUUGAGAUGUACGCCAAGUGCGGCGAUUUGCACUCUGCUGGCCUAGUUUUUUAUCUGAUGGAGGUCAGGACCGUAUGGACUUGGAGUGCGAUGAUACUGAGUCUGGCCCAGCAUGGCGCUGCCCCAGAAGCCCUUCGUCUCUUUGCCAUCAUGACGGAAACUACGAAGAUAAGGCCCAACUAUGUAACCUUCCUUGGCGUCCUCUGUGCCUGCAGUCAUGCAGGUCUUGUGGAUGAGGGAUACAAGUACUUUCACGAUAUGCAGGAACUUCAUGGGAUCGAGCCCAUGACCAUCCAUUAUGGUGCCAUGGUGGAUAUUCUAGGCCGAGCAGGUCGUCUCAAAGAGGCCCGUGAUUUUAUUCUGCACAUGCCCAUCAAGCCCGACCCAGUCCUAUGGCGGACAUUGUUAAGCGCAUGCAGCGUGCAUGACAAAGAGGGUAAAAGUGGAGUCAAGGAUGAAGUAAUGAGGAGGCUUCUAGAGUUGGAGCCAAGGAGGGGUGGGAAUCUGGUGAUUGUUGCGAAUAUGUAUGCAGAAACCGGAAUGUGGGAUGAGGCGGAGAAGGUGCGGAAGGACAUGAGGAACAAAGGGUUGAAGAAGAUGGCUGGAGAGAGUACUAUAGAAGUAAAUGGUUCGAUGAAUAGAUUCUAUUCCGGGGAAGAUGGUCGAGCCGAUUGUGAAGAUAUUUAUCGAAUGGUUGAUGAUUUGAGCUUUCACAUGAAGAUUUAUAACGGUUCGUGAUGGCAAAUUGCCUCUUCUAUGUUUGUCCUUGUUAUAGUGUUCUGUUUGGAUAGUUCAUAUCUCGAAUUGAGAUUUCCUUAACUGCAUUAUUGUACGUCUUGCUUGUGGAUCUGUAAGAGGCUCUGCUUUCUUUCCUUGAAGCUGUGGACGUAGGAAUGAUAAUUUCAUUCUGCUUGAA